CUUAGCAACCGGACGGGCAUCGGUGUCCCGGGCCGCUGCCGACUCCUCCUUUCCACGCCACCAUUGCAGGGGGGGUAGGGCCCGGCCGGGGGAAGGACCCGAGGGGACCCAGCGUGUCCCCACGAUGGCUGCGAGAGGACUAAACAUGGACGGCAGCCGGAGAGUCAGAACCCCUGUCCUUCCCAAAUAUGGUCCACCAUGUAUAUUUAAAGGACACUUGAGCACCAAAAGUAAUGCUUUUUGCACUGACUCCUCUUCUCUCAGACUAACCACUCUCCAGCUGGUCAAGAAUCACAUGGCUGUUCACUAUAAUAAAAUCCUUUCAGCCAAAGGUAAAAGUGUAAAUGUGAACUUUCUGUGCCCAAUUUGACACCCCACUCCCCCCACCAGCUUUUUGACUCCCCAAAAUAAAUCUUUGGCAAAAAUUAUUUUAUAGGAGGAUUUGUCUCUGGUAUAGUGGGAUACCAACCAUUGACUGUGUCUGUGGCACAGACUCAGAACACUGGGGGUUUUGUUUGUGUUUUUUUACUAUAUUUGAAAUCUCUAUAAUGCCUACACUAUUUAAUUUUGUGUGUUAGAAUUAUUAUUU